AUGUUACAUUAUGAAUUUCUAGACGAAGUUCUAAAUGUGCUUAAAUUUACGUUAAAUAUACAUUUAGAAAUGGAGGAUACAACAACACAGCAGAAAAAUAAGACGACUAUAGUAAAAGAUGAAAUCGACGGAAAGUAUUACGACGCGAUCAGCUAUAAAACCCACGACGGCUUAUGUUGUGUCUGUCACAAAACUCCGCUGCAAACGAGAAUCUACCACAGCCAUUUAUUUUGCACCGAAUGUUUUCAUAAGUACAUAUGGACAGCACCGAAAAGAGACUGUUCGGGAGACGUGGAUAAGCCACAGGGAAAUAAUUGA